CCCUUAGGCUGUGAGACACAAGCCCCAGCAAUGGGAGGAUUAAAAACCUCUCAAUUAAAAAAAGGGGGAGGGUAGUGUGGGCUGCACAAUUUAUAAAUAGACAUUGCCCAAGGCCGCCUGAUGAUGAAGUGGUUGUUAGUAAACCUUUCUCCUUUAAAGAUGCCAUUAUCAGAGACCAUUUAAAAAUACCAGCUUCGUUUUGUCUUUUCGGGGGAGAAUCCUGGGUUUCAAGUCAGCCCUGUUAGGUGAUAUUUCUCUCUGUUAGUCUUAGGAACAGGACUUCAAUGUUUUGAAUCACCUUUAAAUGGAGCACAAAGAUGAUGAUGAUGAUGAUGACGAUGUAUCUUUUGCCAAAUGGAUGAGCAGCUUCUGGGGUCACAGCUGGAGAGAGGAGGAUGAGAGAGGACCCCGGGAAUACCACCGACCACAAGACGCCAGUUACAGGAAAACCUCCCUGCCCUGCCCAUUUCCUAUGCUUCCUAGAAUGACAUCAUGUGACCACCAACCUCGAAGGCAUUCUCAUGAAGAUCAGGAAUUCCGAAACUGUGCUCACAUGCGAUAUUACAGGAAAUCCUCAGUGGAUGGAUCACUCAAGGAGUCACUGGAAUCAAAAGGAAGCUCUCAUUCCAAAAUUCAGGAGUUUUCAGAGUCCUUUGAACAGCAACUGUGCUUUAAAACCAAACACUCUGUCUCUCUGGGACCUGAGAGCAGAAAGGAAAGAAAUGAGAGAGAAUGUCUGAGGAUGGAGGUAAGAUCCCGCAAGAAGGUGGAAGAAAGAAGGAGCUCAGCCAAGGAAGAACCCCGAGAGGUAUCCAUGGCCUCCCUGGUUGAAAAAGGGCCGGAAUAGUUCUUUAUUUUUAUGUUGUGAUGACAGGCACCACUGGUCGUUUUGGGCCCAGUUCACCAUUCCAGGAGGGCAGGAUGGCAGCUGCAAAAGGGCAUCCCAGAUGCUGAGUGACAGAGGUGGGCGGUUGGAAUGGGGCUCUUCAAGAUGACUUGCGUCACCCUCCAACUGCUUCUGGCAUCUUGCUGGAGUGUAAUCUGCUUUUUUGCCUUUUCAUGGGAAUAAAAGAAUAAAAGGUAUUUUAAUAGAGUAAAGUAAUUUCUGAAAAUGCAAACGAAGAUUUUUAAAGAGCUACCCACGCAUCUUCACCAACUCUUCUUCCAUGACAACCUUGCAAUUCAUCUUAAAUAAAAGUCAUUGGUGUGA